AUGGCGAUAACAGUAGCAGCAGCUUCGUCUUCUAUGGCAGUGAUGGUACCACGUGUCCCUGCCGUCUCAGCCCGUUGCUCCGCCGUACCUUAUCUUCCUCCUCGCUCUUUUGGCCGAUCCUCCUUCACUGUUCCGGUCAAGCUAAUCUCAGGGAAUGGUUUGCAGAAAGUUGAAUUGAUGAAGACGAGAGCUUCAUCAGAAGAGACCUCGACGUCCAUUGACACUAACGAACUCUUCACAGAUUUGAAGGAAAAGUGGGAUGGUCUUGAGAACAAGUCGACUGUUAUUAUCUAUGGAGGAGGAGCCAUAGUUGCUGUUUGGUUAUCUUCCAUUGUUGUUGGUGCCAUUAACUCUGUUCCUCUGCUUCCGAAAGUCAUGGAACUUGUCGGUCUCGGGUACACAGGAUGGUUCGUUUACAGAUACCUUCUCUUCAAGUCGAGCAGAAAGGAAUUGGCUGAAGAUAUCGAAUCCUUGAAGAAGAAGAUCGCGGGAAGCGAAUAG